UCUCCCCGGUGCAGCCAGGGGAUCAGGACCCGGCAUGACACAAGGGGGAGCGCACGGCCGCCGCUGAGGGGAUGCGCUGCAGUCACCAUCGCCCGCACCCGGCGGCAUGCGGCUCUCCAGUCCCGGGGCUCCUGUCACCUGGGACAUGACAAGUGCUGGUGGCCCCAGAAGAGCACAGGGGGGCAGGCUAGGAGCGGCCUGGGGAGGGGGUCACAGGUUGGGAAGGAGAGGCAGGUGGCACCGGAGAACAGCAUGGUAGGGAGUAGGAGGGGCGGGGAGGGGGGCAUCCAUCCAUCAGUGUGCGGCUGGAUAAUAUUACCAUCUGCACUCACAAGCCUCCCAGGACUACUCCUCAUCAUCCUCGCUGCCGCUGCAUGUACGGAUCGCCACACAUGACACGGGCCACAGCGCCUGCAAGAGACGCCGCUUCCCCCAUUGUUUUCCAGCGCGGCGAUUGCCCUAUUCCGUGGGAUUGAUGCCUCUGCCCUCCUGCCCCCGGGCGAAGCGGCGAUCAUGGGCUGUCUGCAAAGCCUCACCUGUAAGUCCCGCAUCAGGAGGGAGAACAUCACCGUGUAUGACGUGUGUGCCACCAUAGACCAGUGCCCGACCUCCAUAGAGGAGAACUCGCCCAUUGUCUUAAGGUAUAAGACCCCCUACUUCAAAGCUUCGGCCCGGGUGGUCAUGCCGCCCAUGCCUAGGAAUGAGACCUGGGUGGUGGGAUGGAUCCAAGCCUGCAACCAAAUGGAGUUCUUCAACAUCUACAGCGACCUGGGCAUGUCAAGCUGGGAGCUCCCGGACUUAAGAGAAGGACGGGUAAAAGCCAUUAGUGAUUCGGAUGGAGUGAGUUACCCUUGGUAUGGAAACACCACUGAAACUGUGACCUUGAUGGGCCCUACAAACAAAAUUUCCAGGUUCUCCGUCAGCAUGAACGACAACUUCUACCCCAGCGUAACAUGGGCAGUACCUGUGAGUGAAAGCAAUGUGCCUAUGCUCACCAGAAUUAAAAGAGACCAAAGUUUCACAACGUGGUUGGUAGCUAUGAAUGCAAACACCAAGGAGAAGAUCAUUCUACAAACAAUAAAAUGGCGGAUGAGGGUUGAUAUUGAGGUAGAUCCGACUCAGAUACUGGGUAAACGGGCAAAAUUGGUGGGUAGGACUCAGCAGGAACAGCCAAGGAUUUUAAGCCGCAUGGAGCCAAUCCCACCAAAUGCACUGGUAAAGCCUAAUGCUAAUGAUGCGCAGGUGCUAAUGUGGAGACCGAAAAGAGGACAACCAGUAAUAGUUAUUCCUCCUAAGUAGGAGUGAAUGAAAUAUCAAGAAUGAGAAGAGGAAAACAAGGGAUUUUCAAGCUACUUUCUAGCUUUGAGGACAAUGCAUGGGGAUGACAAAGCUGAAACUAUUCUUUGCAGUGAUUAUUUAUUGUGCACAUUUUUGAAUGUGUACAAAGUUUUAUACAAUUUAUUUAUUUGACCGAAGUCAAGAGGCAUUCGCCAUAACUGUUUCAUAGUGCCUGUGGCCAAACAGAAGUAAAAACAGAUGCUCAGUUAAUGACUCUACUCUCAGUUAGACUCAUGUAUGCGGUGCUUUUUGCAUUUCUAAAGCAUCACUUUGGAUGAAUGCAGUUCCAGGGAAUUUAUUAAGAUUGGGAUAAUAAGCAUUGUACAGCAAUCCUGUUGCCUAACCAAUACAAUGACAAAUAAAAAUUUGGAAGCAGGAAUCAGAUGUUUCAGUUUUAAAUAUUCAGUCAUUGAACUGAAGAUGCCAUUAUGUAUUAAACAUAGAUUGAAUUUGUAAUGCUUUUCAAUCUGAAAUUAUUCCCAUUUAUAGUGUACGUUUUUCUUUUUAUUACAUUUUUCAGUUAACAUAGAGAUAAAUGUUGCAUAAAAACAUUAAGAUUAACAUUUGUUAAUCAGUUUACUCUGUUUUUUGGCAUAAAUAUAGCCCCAAAAGUCACAAUUUGAGCAAAACGUCACAAAUUGCACAAAAUCUUUCUGAUCUGCACUCGUCUUAAGUUGGAAAGUCUUUAGAGAGAGGGCUUUGCCUAAAAUGUUUAGCCAGAUUUUAUCAAUACUAAAGCCUGAAAUUGGCACAAACAUUGCUGGAAAUAUAUACCUGCUCAUAGCAGGUAUAAAUUUAAUUUUCUGACUUUGUGACAGUCCAAAAUACGCCAAAUUUAUUACAAGGUGUGUGCCUUAAGUUUGGCACAAUUCAGUUCAAUAACCUUUCUAAAAGGCUGGUGCAUUAAAUCGGUCGCUAUGUUUGUCUCUGUUCAGAGCUGGCUCUGGUGAUAUGCAUGCAACUGUACAUUAUAAGAACCACGCUAAGCUUGUCAACUGUUUCCAAAAACAACUAGCAAAAACUUGCUAGAAUGUAGGUCUUUGUAUAAGGCAUCAUGUCAGUGUCAGAGCUGUGUGCAGUCAGUGUUUUUGUGGCACACAGGUACAAAGCCACAUGGCAGUAGUCAAUCUGUGUGCUGCAUUACAUCUCCAUAUUAUGGUUGUUUGCACAAGGCAUAAUGCAAACUAUUACUUAGGACCAAUACAAGAUACAUAAAACAAUGCAUUUACAAAGUUUCUGUAAAAGUCAUUAUAGUAGUUCUGUAAAAUUAUUCUGCAAAUAUCCCCUAUUUACAGCCAACCGCUGAAGUUGGACCCAUAUUUGCUGACUGUAUUCACCUGGAUACUGGUAUGUUUUCCAUUGUCGACUGCUGGUCUAAAAGAGAAUGUUUAAAAAACUAUACCCUGAGAAAUGCCUUCUCUGUCCCUGAUGACAAAAGUUGUUCUUCACUUCAGAUGCAGAUACUUAGCUAAAGCAAAUACAUAAGUAAAAUGUACAUUGCUUACAAUACAAACAAGGGAAAGACAAUAUGUUAAGUAUCCCAGUGGAACAAGUGUGUGUGUUGAUUUCUAAGCAACCUAAAAAGCAAAGUU